AUGUGGCCUUUCGGAACGUGGGCGCAGGCGACUGCGAUCGUGGCUCGGCGCGAAACCGUGUCGACCUUGCUGCGCCAGCAACGCGGGACGGCGUCGGAGAUCGCCGGGGCGGCGCGGACCGAGCUUGCGUCUGCGGACCUGGGCCUACAAGGCCACGAGUGCAGCCGCGUGCGGUGUCGCGGUGCCGCCGGAGGUGCCGCUGCCGCCUUGUCGGAGCAGCUGCCACGGCGACGACCGCGGCCGCUGGAGCGCGAGCGAGACUGCUUCGCGGCCAGCAAGCAGCGUUGGCUAAUGCGCCCUGGGUGGUCUGGCAUCCUUCGGGAAGGACGGCGACCCACGUUUCGUCGCGACGGCCGCUGA